AUGCGGGCUUCGUUGCGGACAACUCUUGCGGCGCUAGCUGCUACUGCAACGGCGCUUCGCGUCGCAGAAAACCAAACUCACAUCACACUCGCCAAUGAUCGCCUGACGGCCGUUCUACAAAGGAGCAUUGGUCAGAUCGUCGAUCUCACUCUAGAUGGCCAAGACUUAUUGGGUAGCCAGUCGGGAUCCACGGGAGUAGGUCCGUAUCUUGACUGUUACUGUAUCCCUUCGGGGUUCUACACGGCCGGAGCCACAUCCCCGAGUAUGGAAGUGCUUCAGGGUAUAGAUUCAACUGGAACCAAAUAUGGAGGUAUGAUUCUGAGCGACACAUACACCCCGACUGGCCAAAAGUUCCAACAGUACUGGUUUCUACGCGAUGGCGAGACUGGGUUGCACAUGUUCAGUCGAUUGGCCUACCACAAUGAGACCGCACCUUACCUUCGCAAUUUGCAGGAGCUCCGAACCUUGUUUCGCCCCAAUACGGGUCUAUGGACGCAUCUGACGUCUAGCAAGAUCCAAACCGCACCCCUACCAAGCAGGGAUGCCAUUGCGGAGCAGGUGGUUGUCCAAGAUGCAACAUGGACAUUCAACAACACGCCAAGCGAUGCAUACUACACCCAGUUCUCUGAGUACUUCACUAAAUAUACAUUCUCAAACCAAUGGAGAAACAAUACUGUUCACGGUCUCUAUGCUGAUGGCAGCACAUCAAAUGGCGCAACAUAUGGCGCAUGGCUGGUGAUGAAUACUAAGGAUACAUAUUACGGUGGUCCACUCCAUUCUGACUUGACCGUAGACGGUAUCGUUUAUAACUAUAUCGUAUCAAAUCAUCAUGGAGAGGGCACGCCGAACAUCACAAAUGGAUUUGAUCGAACGUUUGGUCCGCAGUUUUAUCUUUUCAAUGGCGGCAAGGGCUCAGCAUCUCUCGAAAAAUUGAGAUCGGAGGCAGAGAAAUUAGCAAAUCCUUGGUGGAACGUUGCAUUUUAUGAUUCAAUUGCAAAGCAUGUCGUUGGAUAUGCGCCCUCGAGCCUGCGAGGCAGUGUCAAGGGGACGGUGAAGCUUCCCAAGGGCGCUGUUCGCCCAAUUGCCGUUCUCACAGUCGACGGUCAUUACUUCCAAGAUAAUAGCGCUGUGCCGGGUUCUUAUCAGUACUGGGUCGAUAUCAACCAAGAUGGAAGUUUCAGCAUUGAUCGUGUCAAAGAAGGGAAAUACCGACUCACUGUCUACGCAGAGGGCAUUUUUGGUGACUAUGUGCGCGACGGAAUUAUUAUUCGUGCUGGAAGACAGACUACGUUACAUGAUACUUGGAAGCAAGAAUCAGCGGGAACGGAAGUCUGGCGAAUUGGAAUUCCCGACAAGUCGUCGGGGGAGUUCCGACAUGGCAAUGCGAGAGAUUUAACCCAUCCCCUUCACCCUCCCGAGUAUCUUAUCUAUUGGGGAGCCUAUGACUGGCGAGCUGAUUUCCCUAAUGGUAUCAACUACACUAUUGGUACAAGCGACCCGGCGAUUGAUCUUCACUCUGCCCAUUGGUCGGUCUUCGGGCCAACAGCAAAAGAUUCACACAUUGAGUAUGACACAACAAAUGACUGGAACAUUCAUUUCACGCUCAACUCCAAGCAACUGCGCAAGCAAAAGGUAGCCACAUUGACCAUACAACUAGCUGCCGCAAAGACCGCAGCAGGCAACACAGAUGCGUGGAAUCCCGUCGAGCCAUACAAUAAUCUAUCACUAGAAAGCUACAUCAACGAUCAGAUGGAUCCAUUGACCCUCACAGUUGGGUUCAACCAGUCAAGCAGCUGUAUUGUGCGGUCUGCUGUAAGCUGCUACCAGGUUGGGUCAAAAAUGGAGUUCCCUGCGAAUUGGUUACAUGCCGGAGACAAUGUGAUGCGAUUACAUUUACCUUUCAACGCAACCGAUACAGAAACUGCCGUUCUCCCGGCCACUGUUUAUGUUCAAUACGAUGCUAUCCGACUAGAGCUGCAAUAA